AGCGACUCAGGGUCUUCAUGUAAUGUCAAAUCGUUCUGUGUGUAGUGCCGGAGGGAUUCUUCAUAGAAUGGACGGAUUCCAAAUCCCUUUUGCUCGACGGCGAUGGUAGUUGCUAGUUGCGUGAGGCUUGCGGGGCUCAUCUCUGCACUUUGAUGCUUUGCCGCAACCUUGCACCACAAUCGGAACAUGCCAAGCCACUCAUGUCUGUUGAGCAUAGCGCAUUUCACGGGCAUGCGAUGAAUGUGGCAUGGUGGGACAUAUCCGAGUCAUCUCCCGCCUCGUCGGUAAGCUUGCUCCUCUUAAUGCAGGCCCGCGGGCAGAUCGCUUCACUGCUCGCACAGGACGUGCGCCAGCAUUCUGUUAUGCUAGAAGGGCCAUAUCGGUAUGAUCUCAGGCUUCAACAGUACGAGAAUGUUUCCUUGGCGGCGAAGGGUGUCGGGAUUGCUGGCAUACUACCGAACGCGCUGGACCUCGUCAAUCGCCGACGUCAUGAUGCGAGAGUCCGGAGUGCAGAAGCAACAAGAAAAGUCAUGUUUCGAGACAUGACAAGGCGCGUGGACUUGUUCUGGGUGCUUGACCACAAUUCUCAGCAAAAAUGGCUUCGCCAGGAGCUGAAAGCACUGCAGGCGCUGGAUUCGGGAGACGAGGUAAGUACAUCAAUCGCCCCGUCGUACGUCGUAUGCUCGCUGCUCAUCAACAACAGAGAUUACUGUCGGUGUGGUGCAUCUACCCGUCCGCAAAGAAAAGACCGACGCCUUUUCGAGUCGAUCCACUCUGGCGUUGCUUUUAUCCCGACGAUGGCAGCAGAUUCUCCGAGAGUGAUAUCACCGGUGAGAUAGCCUCAAACGUUGACACGCCUGGCAGAAGCAUUGUCGUCACGUGUGGAGAUCCGACGUUUACGGGCAGGCUGCGCGAGGCGGUCGCGCAUAACGGACACCAGGUGUUUGUAGAGAUGGAGUACAGACCUGAGGAGAGCGCCCAGCGUACGUGGGUAUGAUC